AUGUCAGCUAACUCCGCCCAUACUGUGAACGCCAGUGACUCUUCCAGAGUUCAUAUUGGCAAUAACAACUACCUGCAUCAAGACACCAAGGAUAGGGACUGUAUCGGAGCUCUGUAUGAGACAGACCCAUUACGUGAUAAACAGCAAAUCAUUGAUACGAAAGGGGGUCUUCUUCCUGGCGCCUCUGACUGGAUCUUGACCAACGACAACUUCACAAGGUGGCGUGAUGGAGAGGAAUGCUUUCUGUGGAUCAAGGGCGAUGCUGGUAAAGGGAAGACAAUGCUGAUAUGUGCCAUAAUUGAAAGCCUGGCACGCAAUAAUCACAAUCACUUGUCAUACUUCUUCUGCCAAGCUGGUGUACCGACCGCGCACAAUGCGACAUCAGUGCUGCGAGGACUGAUAUAUGGACUGGUCCGUUACCACCCCCUUGGUGCAACAGCGUUGUCAUACGUGAGGAAGGAGUUUGACCUGAUCGGAGACAAGAUGUUUGAAGGGACCAAUUUAUGGCAAACAGUCCGCAGUAUACUCUUUGCGAUCUUGAAAGAUCCCCUGAUGAACCAGACAGUGUUUGUCAUUGAUGCACUUGAUGAGUGUGAGGGGAACCAAACAGAGCUAUUAAAGUUCCUUGUCGAAACGAACUCCCAACUCGGCAUCAAGUGGCUUGUCUCAAGUCGGAAGGAUCCCGCAAUUGAGAACAAGUUGCGCGGAAUCGUCAACUCAGAGAAGGGACUCACGAUCGAUCUUGAGUCGAACGAACAUCUGACCUCCGGAGCUGUCAAAAACCUUAUAGAAGCCAGAUUGACGGACAUGCUGUGGUGGGACACCUGUGGUGAUGAUCUUCGUGAUACAAUAAAGCACAAAUUGAAACAAAAGUCGGGCAACACGUUCCUUUGGGUUGCAAUGGUUUGCCAGGAACUCAACGACUGCACAGCAACACAGGCUCUUGGGACUCUGGAACAAUUUCCACAGGGUUUGGACGAGAUGUAUAAGCGAAUGAUGGACAAAAUUGCUGCUUCGAAAUCUGCAUCGCAGUGUAAGGAGAUAUUGGCGGUCGUCUCGGCUUCCUAUCGUCCUCUUAACUUGAAGGAACUCGCCGUUGCUGUCAACUCUCUUUCUGAAUUCCAGAACAACACUGCAGCUUUAACACAAACAGUGUUAUCAUGCUGCUCGUUUUUAACACUUCGCAAUGGUACUACGACUGUCGUCUUCGUCCAUCAAUCCGCCAGGGAAUUUAUCAUGAACAAGGCACAUGAGGAAAUCAUGCCAGACGGUAUUCUAGAGCAGCACAAUAAGAUGUUCCAGGCUUCAUGGAAAACAGUGAAAGGGGCUAUGGAACACUUCAUCAACCCUGAAAGUGAGAUCAACUGGAACUUCCCAGAUGGUGAUCGCCUGGAGUCACUAGGGUACGCGUGUACUUACUGGGUUGCUCAUUUGAAACAUUGUGGUGGCAGAAAAGAAGAGAGACAACAUAUUGAUGUCGAAAUUGAAAUAUUUCUACAUGAACAUCUGUUGCACUGGUUACAAACUCUGGGCCAAUUACGCAGCAUGUCGGAAGGCAUACUGUCACUACACAAUCUUGUGUCUAUUCUGUCUGACACAGACGUGAAAGGUUUACUUGAGCUAAUUGAAGACGCUCAUCGCGUAGCACUCUCUUUUGGGAAUGCCAUUGAAGCCGACCCGCUACAAAUAUACACAUCGGCCCUCCUGUUUAGUCCUGUCAACAGUGUCGUUCGAAAAAGAUUUCUAACUCAGGGACCAAGCUGGCUUACGAGAAAUCCUGUCAUAGAAGAGGAAUGGGGAUCCUGUGUUCAAGUCCUCGAGGGACACAAGCAUGGAAUCACAGCCUUGGCGUUUUCACCCGAUGACCUCUUGAUCGCCUCAGGCUCUUACGAUGGAACUAUAAAAGUCUGGAAAUCAACGACAGGGCUCUGCAUCGAGGAGCAUCAUAACGCAGGCCAUCCUGUUUACUCUAUUGUAUUCAGAGAAGGCCAGGAUUACCUGUCUUCGGUAUAUUCCUAUGACAAUUUUGCUAUCCAAGUAUGGGAACCUGCGAAAGAAAUUCUGAGAACUAUGCCUAGCAGCGACAAUUGCUACUUUCAAUCAUUAACUUUCUCGCCGGACACCAAGUGGUUAGCAUGCGGAACACAUGGCCCAGUUAUUAAAAUAUGGGAAGUUAAGACUGGAGCUUUGAUACAAACCUGUCCUAUUGCGGAUUACAAUGUUAAAGAUGUAAGCUUUGCAGCGGAUAGUAAACGGUUGGUCUCGGGCUCGGCAGAAUGUGGAACCGUUACUAUUUGGAACACAACAACAUGGACCGUUGAACGAACCUUUCAGGACCACACUGGCAUUAUAUCCUCGAUCUCCUGUGCAGUGAAAACUCAGUUGUUUGUGUCCGGCUCCUUUUCCGGGGAAAUAUGUGUCCGAGAUUUUACCUCGACCGAUUUUAAAGUGAAAAUCUGGACCGCUCACCACUCCAUUGGAAACAUCGCUAUUUCGGGGGACGGUACACGAAUUGCGGCUGAGUGUGGGGAUCAAGCAGAGUUUUGGGUAUGGGACGUUUCCUCCGGCCGACACACGCAUACUCUGAACAGUAACCAGCGUUAUUUUAUCACUUUAGCAUUGUCAACUAAUGGAUCUCGGCUCAUAUCAGAAUCGGACAAUAUCGAGAUCUGGGACAUCACAAAUGAUUCACAUGCAAAAGAACGACCUAGUCAUACAAAUCGCAUCUCGAGUGUGGCCUUGUCGACAGACAUCCAAUGGGGAGCGUCAGGGUGUUGGGACCGUAACAUCAAGAUAUGGGAUAUGGAAACGCUGUCCUGCAAGCAUACACUUGUCGGUCAUACUGAUACUAUCACUUCAAUACUAUUCUUGGAUGACAAACGUCUAGGCUCAGCAUCAGAUGACUGCGCCGUGAUUGUCUGGAACUUCCAGACAGGUGCUCGCUUACACACCUUCAUUGGCCACACGAGGUCCGUGACCUCACUGGUAUUUCUGCCAGAAAGUGACCUGCUUAUAUCAGGUUCACAGGACGGAACUAUCAGGACCUGGAACAUAGGCACAGACUAUAGCGACAACCGUUCGUUCAAAGCCAGCAGUCACGGUGUGGCCUCAAUUACACUUUCAGCUUGUCGCCAGAUGCUCGUAUCUAUUGAGAUUUACAGCGCAAUCGAUUUCUGGUAUUUGCCUUCAUGGGAACGUAAAUACUUUCGUUCCAUGGAUGGAAAGCACCCAAACUCUAUCGCCAUGUCUCCGAAUAAUCAGUGGGUUGCCGUGAGUCAUAAUAAAAGUUUCUUUAGUGGUACCUUGGAAGUUUUACACGUCCCUACACGCCUUCGUAUUCACUCCGAGGAGUUUAAGUUAAGGAUCUCGGACUUGUCUUUCGACAGCAAUGGUGUAGACCUCAAAACCAACGUUGGAGUUUUCAGCUUAUCCCUUGUGGAUGUAAAGGAAGGAAAGCAUGAGAUACGAAUGCGACGCUUGGGCUAUGGCAUCAGUUGCGAUACAACAUGGAUCCUGAAAGGUGACAAAAAGAUGUUGUGGAUCCCUUCGAAGUAUCGGCCCGGCUUAUCAGCCAUGUCCGGAUCAACGUUGAUUCUGGGAAGUGAGUCGGGACAGGUUCAGCGUAUCACCUUCUCGACGGGUGAUACUAUGGCUUCGUCAAGAUCCCGGCGAGGAAGUACUACGUUUCCUACAUCACUGAGUAAGAGACCGAGGUACUCUGGGUCAUAA